UGAAAUAUACUCGACUUGCCCAGCCUUAGAUCUAUGCCCAACUACACUAUUGACCUACCAAAUCUGCAUGUGUCGUUGACCAGAUUUGCCCACCGUAACACUAUUGUUCACCGUUGGCAACCUCCAUCAACGUCGACCAUCGCACCACCAUCGUUCAUCUCUCGCCAUCCAUUGUGUCACCAUCAAUUCCUCUCUCACCAAUGUAACCGACUAUUCAUCGUGCCAUCAUUAUUGACCUGAAUCGACCAUCGUGUCAUUGUCGCCAUCCACUUGCUCAUGCUGUUGGGAAGUAGAAAAAGAGAGGAGGAAGAAAGGAGAAAGAAGAAGAACGACCAAAAAAAGAAAGAGAGAGAAGAGGGAGAAAGGAAGAAGAAAGGAGAAAGAAGGAGAAAAAUAUGGUGGAUCCAACAUUUUUUUUUCAUAAAAAUUAAUAUCAAUUGGCACAUGGCUACGAAAUUCUAGGCUAUGCAUGUGGGAGAUACACAAAAACCUAGGUUUAUCCAUUUACUUUUUUUAAUAUAUAUAUGUAUAACACAUGUGAGAGCUAAAUUGUAAAUAAGGUGAAAUAGGGAGGCCAAAUAUUUUUUUUCCUUUAAAAAUGAAAUGUUCAAAACGUAAUAUGAGCCCAGUGGUCAUUUAUUUGCCCUUUAUCUAGUUGCAGCCCAUAUGAUUUCCGAGGGCCUAAGCCCAAAAUGAGAAGCAUUUGGCCCAUUGAGCUCAUGAUCGUACAACUGCUCACGGAACAAAAUGGGAAUUUGAUUUUUGUUUUUUCCUCAACCUUUAUAAUAUCACUGGUGAGGCGAUGUGCAGCAUAAAAACGAGAUUGAAGACGAAGACGAAGACGAAGACGAAGGAGAAGAGAAGAGAAGAGAGAGAGAGAAAACCAGAAACAGCAACAACGAAGAAGACGACCGCCAUAGCCAUAGCUCAGUCUUCAAUAAGCUCUGCAGCUCUAAACUCACUCGACCACACCUUCUCUCUUGUAAUGCCGAGAAUUUCCACACCCGAAACCCGAUUAUCCCAAGAAUUUUUCAGGUCAUCGAGUCUCCAAAUUGAUUGACACGAUCGGAGCUCCAAUUUCCUCUGGAGAUCUGGGUUUCUUUCAUCGGAUUAUCCUUCUUCCGUCGUCGAUAAGAAUCUUCAUCUUCUCAUUUCUUCGAUUUGGCGAGGGCCUGUUUUUCACCAGAUCUUGCGAUUACGGAUCGUUUCUUCCACUCCUGCUAUCUCAUAUGUGUUUUCCCUUUCUCUGUCCGGAGUUCUUCGAGAACUUGAGGAAGGGAGACGCCUCUUAGUUCUCUAACAUUAUCGGAUUCAUUAUGUUUCCACAGUUGUCUGUAUUGGGAAUUUCCAAAAGGAUUUACGAAUUUCUCGUUGUUUUCCCUCUUCGCAGAUAUGGAGACGGAGGUGAGGAAUCAGAAUCAGAGAGGGUGUAAACCUCUGGAACCGGAGGUUUUCUUACAGUGGGGAAAGCGGAAGCGACUGCGAUGCCCUAGAAACAAAGACCCAGAGAUCUCCGAGCGAUUGUGCGGCAGUCUACGGAAGAAAAUCGGAUCUCGAAGCGAUCGCUGUGUGAUUUCUUCUUCGGAGAAAGAAAGGAUCCCACUCCAACCAAAUCGUCUAACUAGGAAUUCUGAGGGCGUUACUACGCUGCGUAACGGUGGUGCAGGCACAUCGCCAUCGCCAGAAAAGGAAGACCGUUACUACGCCACCAGAGGAUCCACGGCGGCGGUAGUUGACGAGAACGGCCACGAGGAAAGAGGAGGCAGCUUUGUUUUACCAAAGCUGUUGAUUGCUCUGUCAAGCAAAGAAAAGGAAGAAGACUUCAUGGCCAUGAAAGGCUGCAAGCUCCCACAAAGGCCCAAAAAGAGAGCCAAGAUGAUUCAGAGAAGCUUACUUUUAUUGGAAUUUUGUGUUCAGCUGGUGAGCCCUGGUGCAUGGCUGACUGAAAUGAGCCAAGAAAGAUAUGAAGUUAGGGAAAAGAAGACAACAAAGAAGAGGCCAACAGGGCUGAAAGCCAUGGGAAGUACGGAAACUGAUUCAGAAUGAGGAUAAAGAUGUGAAGAAAUUGAGACUGAACUGACCCUUUUGAUUAUUUUUUGGAAUGGUGAAUUUGAAUGAAGAAGAGUAGAAGGGAAAGAGAGAGUGUGAAUCUCAUCAUCCUCAGCCUCUGCUCUGCAGUCCUUUGGAAUUAUGACUCAAAGUCACAAUUUGGCUUUGGAUUUGAUGCUAAAGAAGUCCACUUUUGGUGCUGUGUUAGGCAGAGCCGCGAAAGCGAUGGAUUGUUUACAAAUUAUUAAAAAAAGAAAAGAAAAAGAAAAAGAAAAAGAAAUUGUCCCUUUUUUGUGUAUAAUAUGUAAUGUAAAAAAAAUGACUCUUGCAUCUGGAUCAUCAUCCAUCAAAUGAAAUGGAAAUUUAUCGUUCUUAAUUUGAAAUUAA